GCCCCGUCGACCCCGCCCUUUCCGGGCGCAGGGCACCUCUAUCACGCCCCGUUGCUCAAGUUUGCCUGGCGUUCCGAUCCGCAAUCCCCCAGCGUCAGGCAGUGUUCCAGGAUCCUCACACGUUUCGUUACUGUCGUUCCCUGUAAAAAAGAAGUAAACAAGCGGGCAUUACUCGCCAGAGGCGGGACGAGGCGGCUAGCCUUUGGAGGGGGCAGGUGGCCCAGGUGUGUGUGUGUGGGGGGGGGGGAGUAAAGCGGCGCCAAGGACAAUGCAGGUGCCGGAGGGGCCUCUCCCCCGCCCCCCGAAGAGCCCGGCCCUGAGGUGAAAGGAGCGAGGCGGAGAGCAGGCCGGGUGACGCCCCUCUUCGGACCUGUGCCUCCCUCUUUGCGCGGCGGAAGGAAGGCAGGAAGGCCCGCCCGCGGCUUCCUUGUCGCAUCUACAGGUUGCCUUCGAGAAAGGCGGCAGGGGGAGUGCCAGCCCCGCCAGGAGCCCCAGUUCCGCCGCCUCCUGCUGCUUGGCUCCUGGGCGGCGGCUGGGGGCGCUGCAAGGAGAGGCGCCCUCCCUCUCUCUCUCUUCAGGAGAGCCGCACCGCGAGGAGGAGGAGGAGGAGGAGGAGGAGAGCAGCAGCAGCGGCUCCUCUGCGCGGCUCACAGGAUGCUGCGGUUCCUGCGCAGGACCUUCGGCCGGCGGUCGAUGCAGCGUUACGGGCGAGGAGGACGAGGCGGAGGAGGAGGAGGAGAAGGGGACGAGGGCGACGGGGGAAUCGCCUCCUCGCCGAGAGACGCGCACAGCCCGCCACUCCCGCCGCCAACGGCGCUUCAUCACAUCCAAGCGGCGGCGCCCGGCGGGAAAGGGGCGCUGCAUUGCCGGGUGCAACUGCUCGACGGCGCGGAAGUCUCGGUGGAGCUGACGAAACAUGCAAAAGGACAAGAUUUGUUUGAUCAGAUUAUAUAUCAUUUGGACCUUGUGGAAACGGAUUAUUUUGGCUUGCAGUUCAUUGAUGUAUUCCAGAUUAUGCACUGGUUGGACCUUUCAAAACCCAUUAAGAAGCAAAUAAAAAGUGAGCCACCAAAUCUGUUUCAAUUUCGAAUCAAAUACUACUCAUCAGAGCCAAACAACCUACAUGAGGAAUUCACAAGGUACCUGUUUGUUUUACAGCUGAGACAAGAUAUUCUUUCAGGAAAAUUGAAAUGCCCUUAUGAAACAGCUGUAGAACUUGCAGCUUUGUGCCUCCAAGCUGAGCUUGGUGACUGUGAAAUUCCUGAACAUGAUCCAGAACUUGUGUCAGAAUUCAGAUUUUCUCGUAACCAAACUGAAGCAAUGGAAUUUGAAAUUUUUCAGAAGUGGAAAGAGUUCAGGGGGAAAAGCCCUGCCCAAGCAGAAAUGUGCUACUUGAACAAAGCAAAGUGGUUAGAAAUGUAUGGGGUAGAUAUGCACAUAGUUAAGGGAAGAGAUGGGUGUGAAUAUGCUCUCGGAUUGACGCCAACUGGUAUUUUGAUCUUUGAAGGAACAAACAAAAUAGGAUUAUUUUUUUGGCCUAAAAUCACUAAAAUGGACUUCAAAAAGAGCAAACUGACGCUUGUGGUCGUAGAAGAUGAUGAACAGGGUAGAGAGCAGGAGCACACUUUUGUCUUCAGAUUAGAUAAUGCCAAAACAUGCAAGCACCUCUGGAAAUGUGCGGUAGAACAUCAUGCCUUUUUCCGUUUGCGCACACCUGCUAACACUAAAUCUAGCCGGUCAGAUUUUAUCAGGCUGGGAUCCCGAUUUCGAUUCAGUGGCCGAACAGAGUACCAAGCAACACAUGGAUCCAGAUUACGCAGGACAAGCACAUUUGAAAGGCGACCUAGCAAGAGAUAUCCAUCCCGGAGACAUUCAACUUUCAAAGCAAACAAUGCUCUCAAACCAUCACCACACUGUUUUAGUGGUAAAAAUAACCCAGAAGUUCAUAACUAUCAGCCUCUGUGUCAUCCAAAUAUACUUUCUGGCCAACCACACUGGCACCCCCACCCUCCUGUGAAUUUAAGUUACCCUUUAAACAGUACUGAAGGCCCGCCGUUUCACAUUGAAGAAAAUGGUGGAACGUCAUAUACUACAAAAAUAACAGCAAGACAUCACCACCACCAUCACCACCAUCUUCAUUAUGGAGGACUUGUGCCACCGGAUAGCAAGGAUUCUGUACCUAUCAUUCCGAGCCCAAAUAGAACUCCUCGCCAAAAGAUGGAAGUCGAGACUGUGAAAGUAGUAGGACCAUGGCCAGCUCUGCAUAUCAGCAUCAAUAAGAGUGAAAAUAAGAAAACCUCAGAGAGGAACUUUCAUCAUCAUCUGUUGUCGUCACCCUCCUCUGUACCUGAACAUUUGAAAUGCAACAUCCUUAAAGCGCAAGUGGAAGCAACUUUUCGAGGGAAUGCUCAGAGUGAAAAAGAAGAAACUUCCUCAGCAAAUCCUCCCAAGAUUUCCAGUCUUCAUGAACCUAAUGGCAGAAGUCCAUCUCCUUUAAGUCCAGAGACAACACAAACAAGCAGCAUACCUGACAAGCCAGAAGUUAAAGUGUUGCGUAUGAGGAAGCUGACAAGGCAAUACAGCUUUGAUGAAGAUGAUCUCCCUCCAGCACUUGCAGCUGCAGUAGCCGCUUCUCUGCCUCUGCCACCAGCAUCUCCUGUGUCACAGAAAAUGGCUUCAGACGGACAUUUCUCAUUACAUGCAAAGAGCCCUGUAAAUACUGGAAGUACAUUUAGCUUGAAACCUGGAGAUCUUCUGAUGGAUUUCACAGAAGCCACCCCUAUGAUAAAGGCAUUCCCUGCUGCUACAUCUAAUCCUUUUUUCGAUCCUUUUCCAACACUACCACAGCUUUCUACAGACUUUAGAGACAGUAAGCUGCAGUGUUGUGUAGUGUUAUCAUCUCCAAAGAUGCUGUCUCCAGUUAUGCCAUCACCUGGGAGAAGGUCUCUUGUGGAAACAAUUCCAACUUCACCUGCGCAAACCAUCCAUUCACCUCACAAACCUGUUUAUCUGGCAGACAGCACUCAGCCCUUAAGGCAUGAACUUGACCGAGAAAAGAUGAUGAAAAGACUGCUGAUGACAGAAUUAUGAAAAAUCUCACUUCGGUCUCAUUUGGAAAAUGGAUCAGGGCCUUUUCUGUGCCUUCUGUCUGUUUACAUUCCUUUGCUUCUGUAUAUACAACCUAAUGCUUCGUGACAGUGGCAAAUAUUCUGUCCUCCUGGAUUACUCACAAUUGUCUGGAAAGUUUUACAUAAACUUUGGGGGCCUUAUUUAUAUAUUUGAUACAGUGGUCAGGAUCCAAAGAACCAGGAAAUGAGUUGUGUGUGUUCAAGGGGAAAUUAGAUUAAGUUCCCUCUCUCCACCCCAUUCUACAUGGUAAACUGCUUCUUUAAAAAAAUACAAUUUUAAUGAAGUUUGUGAACUUGCUGCAGAAAGGAGGACAGAAAAAAAAUAAAAGUUCAGCUUGGUUAGUCCACGCCUUCUGUGUGAAUCUAAGCAGUUAUUUGGAUUUCUUCUGUUCUUUUUCCCUCAUAAGUACUUACAAUUUUAUAUAUGUCCAAUAAUGGAGUCAAAUCUAAGUGUGCCAAGGACUGGGGGUGGGGUGAGCUAAGAUAAAAAUAACAUCCAUUAAUAUAUGCUGAUUUCUAUUCAGAAAAACAUUUCUGUAUAUAUGUUAAUAACUGCACAAAUAUGAACAUUGUGUAGUAUAUUUUGAUAGCAUUUUGUAGAUAACUGCAUCACACUACUACUGUUUCUUUAUAUUAAAACACAUUUGUUUCUAAUAGAUCAUUUUAAAUAGAAGGCUAAGUUGGUAUUCCGUUGCACAUAAGGGAUUUAUCCCUUGGAAAAUAAAACACACACACACACACAUAUAUAAUUUUUAGCUUAAAUUAUGGCACAGGGAGAAAAAAUAGCAAAUCCAGAUAUUAUUUUGAUGGGUAGGGGAACACUAUAAUUUUCAUAUUAUAUGUACAAAUUAUCAGUUAAGAUACUAAAUUAAUUCUGUUAACAGCAUUUAGCCUCACAUAAUCAUACCAAAGAAACCUGAAGUCGGAAUACUUUUAAAUAAAACUAUGAUAAUGCUGGAAAACCAUGUUUAAGAUUCAUUUUCAUGUGUUUAAAAUGUGUAUGUUGAAAUUGUUGGUUUAUUCUGAGGACUUAAAAGAACAGUGUACAAUUUCUACAGAAUUCAUACAAUAAUCCUAAUAUGGUAGUCUAGCUAAAAUAGUUAUAUCCAUAUAUUUUCAACACACAUUAGAAAACAGUUGAUUACACUUUGAAUUUUAUCUUAAUUAGCAAAAUAAUCUUGUUUCCAAAUCAUAGAAAGCACCUUUUUCAAAAUGUAUCAUACUUAAUUAUUUCUCGUAUAAUCAAAUGGCAUCAGAUUUGUAAGAAAAACUUUGUUGAGAAAUUGACACAGCAGAGUGACUUUCUAGGCUUCACCACAUUUUCAAUGGAACCUAAUUAUUCCCAUCAACUGAGCUUGUAGCUCUCACUUUAGGAAUGAAGUGAGGACUGUAGAGUACUCCCAUCUCACAUUGUAAUAACUGGGACUUUCUUUUGAAACCUUGUCUUCAUGCUGUUCCAGAACAGCAAAUUACUGAGUGGCUAAAACUGUAAACAGCAUCCAAUUACUUCAUUUCACCUAAUGUAUGGCGUCAUAGAAUGUAAGGUGCACCCCUUUUUUAACUUUAAAUUUUGGGAGUGAAAUUCUUAUAUUUUUUAGAAUUUCCUCUCCAUGCACAAUACCUCACUUUUGUUUCAAAUUGGCUUGGUAGUGCAGUCUUUCCCCUGGGGUGAGGAGGGAGUAUGAAGAAACCUGGAAGUCAUCUUGUCUGCAUGGGUCUAUAUUCCUAAUUCUAUGGGCCCAUUGGGGAGACAGGGAAGGUAGGAAGGAGCACUUAGUUCAGCUGUCUGACUAAGGACAAAAUGAGAAGGGCUACCAGAACCAUUUCAGGUUGGAGUCCUUCCUCCACUGCCAUCUCUUCUCUUGGAGGAGGCUAAGAAGAAAUGAACUGGAUCCUUAAAAAUGUGUUAAUUUGGGAACAGGCACUAUCUUCAUAACCGUAACUAAUGGGGAAAUCCUUAACUUCUAAUCUGGACAGUCUGUCUUUGCCUCUGUUGGCGUGGAGCCCCUGCACCCGGUACCAACUUCUUCUGGCUUCCGCGAGUGACCCUUACCAAGCAGAGCUUUGUAGACUUCCAGGGGGAAAAGAAUUCAGGUUUCCGUGAUGGCUGACUGAAGUCCUUCAGCAAAGGAGCUGUAGGGCUGUAUAACCCCGGCCAAGUUGUGGGCUGUAUAUGGCCAAGCCAAGGAAGACGAAGCUUUCUACAGGAGCUCUUGGUAUUAUGUCCUGCAUGAAAGGCUUCUCUGUGUGGACUGACCCAAAAAGGCUCCUAUUCCCUCCAAAAACCCAAAAAGGGGGCGGGACCAGGGAACCUAACUAUAAUUGACAGGUGGCUUGCCCUAUGAUUGCAGCCAAAAGAAGCCACCUAUCUGCAGAGUCCCUGAAACUUAGGACUACAACAAA